AUGUCUAGUCGCAUACAGUUUGCAGAGCCAGUUCUGAAGGAGGAGCCGAUACGUGCUGGCAGGGUCGAUACUCAGGGAGAAAAGGGGUCGGCACAGAGAACACUUUCUCCAGGAAACGAAAUCGUCUAUCCGACAGGAUGGAGGCUGGUUCUGACCAUAAUAGGGCUCCUCAUUGGAUUCUUCCUCUCGAAUCUGGACGUGACGAUUGUGAGCUCGUCCCUCACGAAUAUCACGGAUAGCCUUGAAGGCUUUGAGAAGAGAAGUUGGAUCAUCACUGGCUACCUCGCCACAUACACCGGGUCUAUGGCACUAUGGACAAAAAGCAGUGAUAUUCUUGGGAGGAAAUACACCACCAUAGCCGCUUUUGUUAUUCUGCUCGCAUUCUCUAUUGGAUGUGGCUGUGCGACAACGGUUAACCAACUUAUAAUAUUCAGAGCCUUACAGGGCAUCGGUGGCGCCGGUGUCUACGCACUGGCGAUAUUAUGCAUCUAUGAAAUAGCGCCAAAGACAAAGCUUCCAACCUAUAGCGGGCUCAUGUCAUUCUGUCUUGUUCUUGCUUCCUUGAUUGGCCCGAUUUUUGGAGGCGCUCUUGCAAAAGAUGCAGCAUGGAGAUGGGUUUUCUUCAUCAAUGUCCCCUUGUGUGCGAUUGCAAUCGUGAUCCUCAUUAUUGCGAUGCCGAAAAAUUUCGGCCUCGACCAACACACCCCCUCGCUCAGAACACGCGCUUCGUAUCGCUCAUUCGCUAACCUCGAUCUUGUGGGAUCACUUCUUCUCGUCUCGGGCACAUUUUUGACCAUCUCCGUCUUGAACGAGGUCAAUUUGGCAUUUAAAUGGUCUUCGAGAAGUGCAAUCGCGCUCCUUGUACUUGCGGGCAUUUCAUGGGCCGGCUUCUUCGCCUGGGAGUGGCACCUCUCGGAUGUUCCCAAGCAAGAUCCGAUAUUCCCAAAGCGUUGGUUUUUUGACCGUGCAUGGAUGGGAAUUCUCAUCUCCUCAUUUGUCACCGGGGCAGUCUUUAACGUGGUACUAGUAUACGUUCCACAGCAAGCACAACUACUAUUGGGUAAAUCGCCACUCGAUGCUGGUAUAUAUUUGAUCGGAUAUUCAGCCGUUGGAGCAGUCGCCGCUGGUCUUGUGAAUAUCGCCAGCUCACGUGGUCGUAUUCCUUUUAUUUAUUCCUUGCUCGUCGGCUGCACGCUUCAUACUGUGGGAGUGGGUCUUCUCUCAACGAUCGCUAGCUCUCGUGGGUUCCACGCAACAGAUAUUGUUUAUGAAGUGAUCGCCGGAGCCGGUAUGGGUAUAACUAUGGGUAUAUUGGUGUUAGCGCCGCCUUACAUCGUGGAGGAUAGAGACUUGACUAUUGCGACCGGCUUUGUCGUUCAACUCCGGUUUCUAGGUGGAGCCCUUGGUCUGGCCAUAGCAUCGAAUAUCCUGAAUGGCCGCCUAGCGUAUCACUUGGAGGGUAUAUUAACAAGGCAUGAGCUGCACCUAUUCCUGGAAAAUGUGGAGUCGAUAAAAGGCUUGCCUAUCUAUUUACAAGAUGAGGUAAAGAACGUUUUUGCUGGCAGCUACAGCACACAGCUCAGGGUUAUGAUCGGAUUUGCAGCAGCACAACUACCAGCUGUUCUCCUACUCAUCAAGCCCGGUCAUCAACUUGCUGCGAGAAAGGAACGAUCACAUAGUGCUUCGGAAUAG